CGUCUGGAAUAAAAUCUUCCAAAGCGAACUUCCGCCUGCGGAGACCCGCUCCCUUCCUCGCCCUCACAGAAACGCCCCCCGCCAUCCCCCCCUCCCCCGGCGUAGGCCUUCACGCUGUCGCGUCGACCCGUUUCCUCGAAUCCCCAGGGAAGGGUGGGCCCCUGGCGCCCCUACGGCCCGCCGUCCCCUUACCACCGCGGUCGGAGCCCGGGUCUCACUCUCCUGCCGCUGUUUCGGGCCACACCGUGUGUCCGUGCCUCUGCAAAGGAAUAGAAGAGUGGGUCCUCGCUCUCUGCAGCGCACCGCUUGUCACUUGACCUCCUGUCCAUCUACAAAGCCUAUUUCAUGUUUUCCAGAAAGAAAACGUUUUCCGUGUCUCUUGAGUCCUCAUCGCCAUAUGCGGGGCCGGACCGAUCUAUGCAAAAGAUUGCAAGAGAAACAACUGAUGGAGCAUCGCCCAUCAUGAGGCUGCUCUCCCGAUGGUCACUGAGUUGUGGCACUGUCUUUGUACAAAGAUACCAAUUUUUGCGAACGGUGCCACUCAUGAUUCAACGCUCUCACGCCUAGGUCCCAGCUGCUGGAGCGCCGAUUUUCCCCCAAGGGUUAGAAGAUAGAAAACUCCUCGGUAAUUGGCCUAGAGGUGGUCUGCGAGGACGCCGGGAAGCUUGUAAUUGGCUGUUUAAUUCUCAGCAGGUGCGGUCUCAAUUAACAACAUCUGCUUUUCCUGGAUCUUAUUGGCUGACAGGGUGGGCCUGCUUUGGAUUCCAUCCGGGUAAUUGGGCAGUGGCUAGCAGCAGCCACGUCGCUCAGGGGCAACCCGCGGAAGGAUUGGUUGUGACGGGAGAAGGCGACUGGUCGGACUGCGAGCAGGGUGCUGAUUGGUGCUGUCGGGCUGCGGGGGCGGGGAAGUGGCUGCUGAAGCGCUGCCGGCGGGGCUCUCUGUCGGCGUGUGAGUGGGAGGCGGCGGCGCCGGUGGUUGCAGCUGGGCUGAGGCGCAAGGCGGCGCACUCGACGACUGACUGGAGCAGCGGAUAUAAGUCAGAGUACAGCUGAAAAUGUCUACUGAACGGACUUCUUGGACAAGCCUGUCCACCAUUCAGAAAAUAGCCUUGGGCCUUGGGAUCCCAGCCAGUGCAACAAUUGCCUAUAUCCUAUACCGCAGGUAUAGGGAAAGCAGAGAAGAGCGGCUGACAUUUGUUGGGGAAGAUGACAUUGAGAUAGAGAUGCGGGUUCCCCAGGAGGCUGUGAAACUCAUCAUUGGCCGGCAAGGAGCCAAUAUUAAACAGCUGCGGAAACAGACAGGUGCUCGGAUUGAUGUGGACACAGAGGAUGUAGGUGAUGAGCGAGUGCUGCUUAUCAGUGGUUUUCCUGUUCAGGUGUGCAAGGCCAAAGCGGCAAUCCAUCAGAUCCUGACAGAGAAUACCCCAGUGUCUGAGCAGCUUUCAGUUCCCCAGAGAUCUGUGGGCAGAAUCAUAGGGAGAGGCGGCGAGACAAUUCGUUCUAUCUGUAAGGCCUCUGGAGCCAAAAUUACCUGUGACAAAGAAUCAGAAGGGACAUUGCUACUAUCAAGACUUAUAAAAAUCUCAGGAACACAGAAGGAGGUGGCAGCAGCCAAGCAUUUGAUACUGGAGAAAGUUUCAGAAGAUGAAGAACUUCGGAAGAGAAUUGCUCAUUCUGCAGAAACCAGAGUCCCACGCAAACAGCCAAUCAGUGUGAGAAGAGAAGACGUGACAGAGCCAGGUGGAGCUGGAGAGCCAGCUUUAUGGAAAAACACCAGUUCUAGCAUGGAGCCAACUGCACCCCUGGUGACUCCUCCACCCAAAGGAGGAGGCGACAUGGCUGUGGUAGUGUCAAAGGAAGGUUCCUGGGAGAAACCUAGUGAUGACAGCUUUCAGAAGUCUGGAGCCCAGGCCAUCCCAGAGAUGUCCAUGUUUGAAAUCCCCAGUCCUGACUUCAGUUUUCAUGCUGAUGAGUACCUAGAAGUCUACGUUUCUGCUUCUGAGCACCCUAACCACUUCUGGAUCCAGAUCGUUGGCUCCCGCAGCCUGCAAUUGGAUAAGCUUGUCAAUGAGAUGACCCAGCACUAUGAGAAUAGUGUGCCUGAAGACUUGACUGUGCAUGUAGGAGACAUUGUAGCAGCACCUUUACCUACAAAUGGUUCCUGGUAUCGAGCCCGGGUCCUCGGCACCUUGGAGAAUGGGAACUUGGACCUCUAUUUUGUUGACUUUGGAGAUAAUGGAGAUUGCCCACUGAAGGACCUCAGGGCUCUCAGGAGUGACUUCCUAAGCCUUCCAUUUCAAGCAAUAGAGUGUAGUCUGGCACGGAUCGCUCCCUCAGGUGACCAGUGGGAAGAGGAAGCUUUGGAUGAGUUUGAUAGACUCACUCAUUGUGCUGACUGGAAGCCUCUGGUAGCCAAGAUCUCUAGCUAUGUCCAGACUGGGAUCUCAACUUGGCCAAAGAUCUACUUAUAUGAUACUAGCAAUGGGAAGAAACUUGAUAUUGGGCUAGAAUUAGUACACAAAGGAUACGCAAUUGAGCUUCCUGAAGACAUAGAAGAAAACAGAGCUGUCCCAGACAUGUUGAAGGACAUGGCCACAGAAACAGAUGCCUCUCUCAGCACGUUGCUCACUGAGACCAAAAAGAGCUCUGGAGAGAUAACACAUACCCUGUCCUGCCUCAGCUUAUCAGAAGCUGCUUCUAUGUCUGGUGAUGAUAACCUUGAAGAUGACUACUUACUCUGAAGUCUGGGCUUCAGCUUGCUCAGCCAUCUGCUUUGCUGUGUGAGUGCAGCUAUCAUCUAUCUGUAGCAACAGGAAAGUAAUGAGGGUGACAGUGGGGCACUUGCUUUGAUUCCCUCUUUUCCAUGCCCUGUCUUAAUAUACUUCUUUGCAGCUGCUUUCCUGCAGCUUAACUUGCUCUCAGAUUGAGCACUUUCAAGCUUUUUGCGUAUUUCUGUCUUUGGCAGGAUUUGGCUUAGGAAUUGGUGCCUGGAGGAGAGGAGUGUAUGAUAAAGGAUCAAUGCAGUCCUUCCUUUAUUACACAUACAGUCUGACUUGCUGUGGACCAAAUUCAUAUUUUCCUCCCAUCAGACUACAAAAAAAUUGGACUACCAUACUACAAGUGUGUCUCCCCCAUUCCACCUCCUGAUCCCUCCCCAACCCUCCAGUGUUUGAAUACUGCUGUGUUACUUCCAGGCCAUUCAACAUCAGGCUCAGUCCCCUCUACCAGUCAUGAUGCACAUUACUGCUAGGCUGUAUCCUUUUCGAGGCUGGGAAACAGUCAGGCUUUCGUCAUUGGAAGUGAUGAUUCUGCAGACUUCUGACUCACCUUAUCAGGUGACUCCGGUUAAGGAAAGCUUUUGAGUGGUGAACUCAAAGACUCCAGUUGAAUCAGGAGGCAAAGGCAAAAAUUAGCAUAAUUAUAUUUAAAAGCCUCAGGAAGUGGGAAGAGAAUACUGCCUCCCAGCCUCAAUUGCUGAUAUGUUAUUGGAGACAGGCUUUUGAAACUGCUCCAGCUAUUUCUCUGUAACCUUUAGUUAAAAUAUAAGUAGAAAGGAGACAGGAGGCUCAGGAAAUUUUCUAAAUUGCUAGUAUAAUAUCUAUAUGUAUACACACAUAUACACCCGUGGAGAGAGAGGAAGAAUAUAGAGUCCUGUUUAAAUCAUUUAGAGGAUUUUUUUGCUGAAUAAAGUUCUCAAGAAAAUUUUCUAAAACCAAA